GACCAAACACCAUUACCAUGGUUAGGUGAAACUUUGACAAGUGUUGCAUCAUAAGGAUAAAACUUUUUUUUUUUUUUUUUUUUUUUGUAAACUAAUAAGGAUAAAACUUCCUCUAAGGUCUUUAUAUAUACACAAACCGUAACUCACUUUGUAACGACGCAUUAAUCAUUUUCUUCACAAACCGAAGCAUAUACUUUAGACCGCCGGAAAAAUGCCAGUCGACGAAUCCUCACCGGCCGGAAAAACCGUCUGCGUCACCGGAGCUGGUGGAUACAUAGCUUCUUGGAUUGUUAAGUUACUCCUCGAGAGAGGCUACACCGUCAAAGGAACCGUACGGAAUCCAGAUGAUCCAAAGAAUACACAUUUGAGAGAACUCGAAGGAGCCAAGGAGAGACUGAUUCUGUGCAAGGCAGAUCUUCAGGACUACGAGGCUCUUAAAGCGGCGAUUGAUGGCUGCGACGGCGUGUUUCACACGGCUUCUCCGGUCACUGACGAUCCCGAGCAAAUGGUGGAGCCUGCCGUGAACGGAGCCAAGUUCGUAAUUAAUGCGGCUGCUGAAGCCAAAGUCAAGCGCGUGGUCAUCACCUCCUCAAUUGGUGCAGUCUACAUGGACCCGAACCGUGACCCUGAAGCCGUCGUUGACGAAAGUUGUUGGAGUGAUCUUGAGUUUUGCAAAAACACAAAGAAUUGGUAUUGUUACGGCAAGAUGGUGGCGGAGCAAGCCGCGUGGGAGACGGCGAAGGAGAAAGGUGUUGACCUUGUGGUUUUGAAUCCCGUGCUGGUCCUUGGACCGCCGCUACAGCCGACGAUCAACGCCAGUCUCUUCCAUGUCCUCAAGUAUCUAACCGGCUCCGCUAAGACUUACGCUAAUCUGACUCAGGCUUAUGUGGAUGUUCGCGAUGUCGCGCUGGCCCAUGUGCUGGUCUACGAGGCACCCUCGGCCUCUGGACGUUAUCUCCUCGCAGAGAGCGCCUUUCACCGCGGCGAAGUUGUUGAGAUUCUGGCUAAGUUAUUCCCGGAAUACCCACUUCCGACCAAGUGCAAGGACGAGAAGAACCCAAGAGCCAAGCCAUACAAAUUCACUAACCAAAAGAUUAAGGACUUGGGCUUAGAGUUCACUUCCACCAAGCAAAGCCUUUAUGAUACAGUUAAGAGCUUGCAAGAGAAGGGUCAUCUUCCUCCACCUCCUCCUCCUUCUACAUCACAAGAAUCGAGCCAAAAUGGCAUCAAGAUCGAGUCUUGAAUAGCUUAUUCCCUGAAGUAUCAUCCUCAGCGAUUGAUAUAUGCUUUCUAUUUCAAAAAAAACAAACAAACAAACAGAUGUUUUGUUACUGUCUCUGUUUAUGUGAAAUCCUUGUUUCAAAUGUCAUGUCUGAAUUUUGAUUUUGUCUUGAAGGCUUCAAUGCUUGCUUCAUGUUUACUCUAUUUAAUAUAUCAGACCAAGUAAACAACUUCAUGUUUGUUAUAUGUAAUACAUUACAAAAAGUAAACAAUGUUUGUUCUAUCUUAAA